UCCCUUUGUUCCCUACUUCCCCGCACCCUUAUACGACAAACCUUAUUUUUCUCUUUUCCACUAUAUUUUUACACAUUCAAAAUCACCAUUAAUUUAUUUUAUUGGAUACAUUAAAUCAACAAAUUCAUCAAAAAAAAUUUUAUAAUUCACAUAAAAAAAAAUUAAUUCUCCAGCUUUUUCGGAGAGGGGUAAUUUAUUUCCAUUUUGAAGAUCUAAUAAAUCUUCUUCCCCCACUCCGAAAAUAUCAUCAUCCUUAUGAAAUCGAAUUUUUUCGAAAAAAAUUAAAAUUAAAAAUUUUUUUAAAAAAAUUAAUUAAAAUUAGGGCAUGACGAGACCAAUAAUCAUACCUUCGCCUCCGUUACUGUCUCUGGAUAAACGGCAGCCGCUAUUAUCGAGUAACGAUUCAUCGCGCGGCGUCGUACGCGGUAGCAGCAGCAGCAGCGGCGGUGGGAGUGUUGUUCGGAGAUCGCGAUUAGCGGAGGUCGCCGGCGGUACGACGGCGGAAUGUGCGGCGGUGGCGUGUUGUUGUCCUUGCGGGAUAGCGAAUUUGUUGGUUCUAGCGGUGUAUAAGGUUCCGGCUGGACUUUGUAGAAAGGCUUUGAGGAAAAAUCGCCGGGAUCGGUUGAUGAAAAAGGGGCUUUUGCCGGCGACGGGAAGUGGACAUUGUAGCUGUGAUGAAAUGGAGCUUCAUGCUUACCAGAUUUCUAGUCCGAUUGCGAUGGUCGGCGCCGGCGCCGGAAACCUAGCAACCGAUAAGGAUGCUUUGGAGCUGGAGAAGGAAAUGUGGGAUAAGUUUUACGGUACUGGGUUCUGGAGGAGCCCAUCUCAACGAAGUGAAAUGUAACGGCUUGGGAUGAAUUAAUGUGUAUAGGUGGUUGAAUGAAGAAGAGGGAGAAGUUGUUCUAUUUUUUUUAAAAAAAAAUCUUGUAAACUCUCUUUGUAAUUAAAAACUCUUGUAUCCACCAAGCAAUCCUUGUAUUAUAUUCUUCAAUUUCUUUGUCAUAUUUUCAUUUCAAGAAUCGAAAUCAAGUAUAUUGUUCAAUUCCAA